AGGAUGACGUAAGCGCCGUGCUUGUACGAUGAGCCCCCGGGAACUGAAACUUGGCCAGCGUGUUGAGGUGACGGGUAAAAAUCUGCAGGGUAGGAUUGCCUAUGUGGGACGCACCACCUUUGCUGCCGGACUCUGGUACGGCGUGGUUCUGGACGAGCCGCUGGGCAAGAAUAAUGGCAGCAUCCACGGCAGCAUUUACUUCAAGUGUCCCCCAAACUGUGGCCUCUUCGUGCGCGCCCAGCAGCUGGUGAGGAUUGCAGCCGAGUUGCCCCCCGGAGCGGACGACAAUCGAAAAGCCGAUGAAAUGCAACGCGACGGGGCCAGAGCGAAACUUUCGAGGCGGACUGGCGGCGGGGGAAGGUCCGUGGAGGAGCAGGAUAACCAGAGGGAGCAGGUGGCCAGCACUUCUGGCAAGGCGAAGGCGGCCACCCCAUCCACUUCAUCCACUCCAUCACCGCAGCACAGGAGUCGGAACGGCCAGUCCUCCAGGGAGCAAGCAUUGGCCAAGACUUCGGGCAAGUUUUUGGCGGCCCAGCAGCAACCUUUGCAGCUUCCAAAGAAUCCAAUGGUGUCAGAAGGCAAUGCAAGAAGUUCUCAGCUGGAGGAAGUUGAAAAAGUAAACAUGUCUCCCAAGAAGUCCUCAGCUACUGAGCAGGCCCAAGAGCUGCCCAAGCAGGAAUCCAAGGAUGCACCACAGCCAGUAAGAAGGGAAAAUGAGCCGGUUGAAAAGGAAGAGGAGCAGCCGAGCACGGGGCAGUUGGCCAAGCCAAGCCAGGAGACGAAUGCCAUUCCGCUGCAGACAAGCACAAUUGGCGAGCUGCCGGCACAGAAGGCCGCUGGUCAACUGAUACCGCCCAUUAUGACCUGCAACCAGAGGCGAUCCACAUCCUACACCCAGUUGCGACCCACAAGGAUUAGCCAGCCCAAGCCAACUACGGCACAGGCGUAGAGUUCCACGGCCCAGCUCACUUUGGCCAUGCCGGUGCCACUGGCUUUGGCACCCAAACGGAGCAAGACCAGCAUGAGUCCCACCAGCUCGAUGAAACGAGCUGCUCCAGCUGCCUUUGUGGAGCCACGCUUCCUGGAGAUCCUGAGACCUCAGUUCACGCCGGGACCAGCUCUCCGGACUCCCAGCUCCGUGGCUCCACCCGUGGAUAAUCCAGAACUGCGGCAACUAAGGGAGGAACUUCAACUGUUGAGGGGGCAAAAGAGCGAGGAUAAACUUAAACUACUGGAACUAGAGCGUAUGCGGAUACACAACGAACAACUGAUGGAAUUCAAGUCGCAGAUCAUGACGCAGCAGGUACUGCUCCAAAGGGAACUUCAAAGAUCGCGACACGAGCUGAGGGAAGCCCAGGAUGUGUCCUCGAAAUUCAAGAGGGAACUGGACGAAAUAGCCGAGAGCAUAGAACUCCUAACGCUGGACAAGGAGAUGGCGGAGGAGCGCAUGGAGACCCUGCAAAUGGAACUGGAAAUGGCCCAGGAACGCAAUGACGAACUGAGUCUGGACGUGGAGAUCCUCAAGGCGGAGCAGGAGGAGCAGCAGGGUCAACGCAUCGAGAAGAGUGAGAAGCAAAGCGGUGGCGGUGGAGUGACGACUACGACCCAAUCCCCUGGCGAAUUCCUACGCUUGGAGCAGUACAACCAACGACUGCGUGAGACAGUGGUCCGCUUGAGGGACACCCUCGCCCAGGAGAAGCAACUGGGCCAGCGCACGCACAAGGAGCUGGAGACCAAGCACUCGGAGAUCAACGAACUAAAGAGCAUCAAGGAGCUGCUCAGCCGCAGGGUGGACAACAUGGAGGUGCAGCUGAUGGACCUGAAGGAGCAGGUCGAUGCCUCCCUGGGAGCCGAAUCGAUGGUCACCCAACUGGCCAUGCUGAAGCUAGAGCUCGAGGAUCGUGUCAAGCUGCUGGAGGAUGAGGUCAACGAACUGGAGGCCCUGGAGCAAAUCCAGGAGCAGCUCAUCGAGAGCAACCAGGAGCUGGAGACCGAUCUGCGCGACGAGAUCGACAAGCUGGGUGGUCAGGUGAAGAUCCUGGAGCAGCAGAAGAACGCCGCCAUGGAGAGUCUCUACGACCGCGAUGUGACCAUCAUGAAGUUCCGCGACCUGGUCAGGCAGCUGCAGGAGCAGCUCCAGCUGCGGGCCGAUGGCACCUUGUCCAUCGAGGACUUUAGCAGCGCCAACGAGUCGCAGCAGGAGGAGGGCUCCAACCAGAGCCAGACGGACUACCAGCACAUCUUCAGUGUGAGCAAAGCGUAUGGCCGGGCCCUGGAGCAGCAGAUCAAGACCGUGGAGCUGAGGCUGCAGCGCCAGCACCUGGAGCACGUCCUGGCCUUCGUUCCCGAACAGUUCCUCCUGCGCGGCGGCGAGCACGAUGUGGUCCUGGUCAUGCUCCUGCUGGAGCGCAUGAACGAGAAGCUCACCAUCGUCUGCCAGGCCAUCAACGAGAAGUUUCCCACGGCCUGUGAGUUUGGUCGCGAUGCCAUCUUCGAGGGCUACUCCGUGCAGCGGUACAUAUUCCGGUCGCAGUGCCUCUACCUGCUGAAGAGUCUGCAACUGGUGCUGCAGCAGUUCCGCCACGGACUCACCCACUGCGACUACGAGCUGUGCACCCAUGCGGCCAUCUACCGGAGCGAUCUGGAGGCCCAGGAGCAGCAGCUGGAUGAGUUUGUGCGGCUGCUGAAGACGGGCCAACUGGAUGAGCACACGAACUGCGAGCCCAUUCAGCGGGUUCUUCACUAUGUGAGUGGAUUGCAUCAGAAUCUGAUGCCACCGCAAACGCUUGUGGAACUCCUAGAUGAACAGCAGCUGUAUGAGGCUUUGAUUGAGGUGUACGAGGCGGGUUUGGAUGCGGUGAAUGCGAAUGCUGGUCUGAUGCACACCAUCAUACAACUGGGUCAUGAGCAGACGGCCUCCUUCAGUUGCAUGCAGCUGCUGAUGGAGCAGAGCUGUGCCCACAAGCAGAAACUCAAGAAGCUGCAGCGGAAAUUGGGUGGCAGCAAGACGGCUGCCUGGACGGGAAUGCAGUGUGCCCGGUAUCAGAGGAUCCUGGAGGCCAACGAGGCAUUGGGAGCCCUAAUACGGCUGCUGGGCUCGACCGCUCGAGAGGCCAGCAGGGAUUCCAAUGGGGGAAUAGCCCAUGAGAAGCUUUGGCGGAUGCUGGUGCUCAACUACAACAAGUUCGCACCAAGUCAGGAGAGCGAGGAGCCCAGGGAAGUGGAUGCCUACAGCCAGCGGUGCAUGCAACUCCUGGAGGAGCAACUAGAUGAGCUCUUCACGCUGCUAGAAUCCACAGACGUGAAUACGGAGUAUGUGCGUCAUCCCACUAGCAAUACACUGCAGGAAAGGGCUGCCCAGGUCAAAAGACACUACGAGGAUGUGAAGAAGCUGGAGCUGACUGUUGGCGAACGGGAUAAGGAAGUGAAAAGCCUCAAGUACAUGGCCAAGAUGCGGCAGCAGGACUUCUCGGAGCUGCAGGUUCGCAAGGAGAUGGCCGAGAAGCAGCUGAGUAAGCAGUGCCAUGUGCUGGCCGGCUUUGCAGAUGCAGUGGAGCAACUGGAGCAGUCCAUUCUGGCCAAGGAGGCAGCCCUGGGACAGGCCUUGAACAUACUGGCGGAUAAGUUAUCCAUUCUGGAGCAGUCGCAGCAGCAUUGGCAGGAGCAGCAGAUGGUAGACAAUGCGUGUGUGACCAGCACCACGAAGAGUUCCAACCGGGAGAUGAACAUGCUCCAUCAGGCCCUGCGCCAGGAGCGAUCGCUGCGAGUUCAGCUACAGGGCAUUGAGAUGAGGAAGACCUUUGCCUCACUGGAACCACUGCAUGUUCCACGCACCGGAUGUCAGGAGUUGACGAACCUGGACAGGGAACUCCGCUCGCUGAAGAACCAGUGGCUACUGGCCCACCUGGAAAUGGGUUCCACUGGCGUACAGCGACGCUCGGAGAUCGAGCUGCAGGGCAGCCGCAUCCUGCGACAUAUCUUCCAGACAUAUUGCACCCAUCAUCCGCAUCGGGCCAAAAACACCGACUUUGGACUCUUCAUCAGCGAGGAUCUGCGCAGAGCAUUCGAACACAAUUUCUAG